AUGGAUAAGAUCAUAUUGUGGAGUUUUCUGCUGUUUUUUUCUGGAAGUCAAGCUUCAAGAACUGUGGCUCAAAGAAAUGCUGAGUUUGCAGUGGAUCUUUAUAAAGCUCUUUGUUUCUCUCACAAGAACAACAUUGUAUUUUCCCCCCUUGGAACAACUGUGCUUCUUGGAAUGGUCCAACUAGGUGCAAAAGGCAAAGCACAACAGCAGAUUCUGCAAACCUUAAGGAUGCAGGAAUCCUCAACAGGAGAGGAAUUUUCUGUGCUGAAGUCACUCUUUUCGGCCAUCUCAAAGAAGAAACAAGAAUUUACAUUUAAUCUUGCCAGUGCCCUCUACCUUCAAGAAGGAUUCAUUGUGAAGGAAGCAUAUCUCCAUGGCAACAAGGAGCUUUUUCAGAGUGCUACCAAACUGGUGGAUUUUCUGGAUGCAAAGGCUUGUGCAGAGACAAUAAGCACCUGGGUCGAAAGCAAAACAGAUGGAAAAAUUAAAAAUAUGUUUUCCGAGGAAGAGUUUGGCCCCCUGACUCGUCUGGUCCUGGUAAAUGCCAUUUAUUUCAAGGGGGACUGGAAACAGAAAUUCAGAAAAGAAGACACAGAGAUGUUAGAUUUUAGCAAGAAAGAUGGCUCAACCGUCAAGGUUCCAAUGAUGAAGGCUCUGUUCAGAACAAAAUAUGGUUAUUUUUCUGAGUCAUUCAUGAAUUUCCAGGUUUUGGAAUUGCCUUACAAGGCUGAUGAGUUUAGUAUGGUCAUCAUCCUUCCCACAGAAGAUGUGAGCAUAGAAGAAGUGGAAAAACGAGUUACUGCUCAUCACAUCCAGAGAUGGUUCUCUGAGCUGCAUGAGGAGGAAGUGGAAGUCAGCCUCCCUCGAUUUAAAACGGAGCAAAAAUUAGACUUCAAGGAAGUAUUAUAUUCCUUAAAUGUAACUGAGAUAUUCGGUGGUGGCUGUGACCUUACUGGAAUAACAGAUUCAUCUGAAGUCUAUGUCUCCAGAGUCAUGCAGAAAGUUUUCUUGGAGGUAAAUGAAGACGGAAGCGAAGCUGCAACAUCCACAGGCAUCAACAUCCCUGCGAUCAUGAGUUUGACUCAAACUCAAUUUCGAGCAAAUCAUCCAUUUCUGUUUAUUAUGAAGCACACCCAAACAGAGUCAAUUUUAUUUAUGGGAAGGGUGACUGAUCCUGAUAUCCAAACAGUGAAGGGGAGAGAUUUAGAUUCACUGUGAAUAAAAAUCAUGGUCUCCAAAUACAGGACAACACUUGGAAAAUGGAUGAUUGGUGAAAUGUCAUCAUUUUGAAAAAUUUCUAACAUUG